CGUUUCUACGCCCAUGACAGACGCUGCAGUUAUUGAAAAUCGAAGGUGGAGUGCGCACGUGCGCGCGCGCGGCACAAUCUCCCUUCUCACUCUUGUGGAGGGUUAGGCCUAUGAGUACCUAGUAGCAUGCCAAAUUUCAACACUAUCGGCGCAGACGUUCCAAGGCUGUAGCAUUGUAUUUUUUUCGACACCCCUCACUCUGCACGUGCCACGUGCUAAAUUUGGUACCCACAUGGUUCGGGGUAUGCUCCAUUCGUGGCAAAGGGAUGUAGCUCCCCAUCAAUGAAAGCCACUUGUCAAUCAGACAUGUGGUUGCAAAGUUAUAAGCUGUCAAUUAGCGUCGUUUGGCCGGGUCGGGCUGCUAAUACUUACAUUUUUCCACUAAACCACAAAGGACUCGCUCGCACUUCGCGCUCGCUCGUAAUUAUCAUUCUUUGUAUAUUAUAUAAUAUUUAUCAAUAUUUUUUAAAUUCAUAAAGUCAAUUUGUUAUUGUAAUCUUGCAUACAUCUCUAUCUUUCGCAGGUAGACCGUUCGUCGUUUCUGCAAAGAUGUCUCAAAAAGAACAGUUCUAUAAACUGGUUCACGAAACCAAAAUAUCUUCAAACUCUGCUUUGAUUACCGAUGAAAAGUACGAGAUUAUAAAGGAAGAACUGCAGGGAAUCAGCAAAGGCGCAAAACCGUCGGGCACCGCGAAACGCUAUCGCAUCUGGCAGAAGUACAGGCUAGUCAAGUUCGGAUCAAUUGAAAAGGUUGUAGAUAAGAAAAGUGCAAAAGAAAUCGUGCGGGAAUCAGAUUUGUUUGAUGUGAUUAAUGAACUCCAUUCUUUGACUGGGCAUUGCGGAAGAGACAAGACGCUUAUGGAAGUUCAAAAGCACUAUGCAAGCGUCAGCAGAAAAGUCGUCUGGGCAUUCCUCUCAACUUGCCAAACGUGCGAGCAGAAAAAGCCUAGGCCUGGCCAGAAGGUAGUGACUAAGCCUAUUCUCAGCAACGACAUGAACUCCAGAGCCCAGGUUGAUCUAAUAGACUGGACGAGUGAAAGCUCAAAGGGAUUCAGAUACAUUUUAACAUAUCAAGACCACCUAACCAAGUUUGUCGUUUUGCGGCCCUUAAAAUCAAAAAGGGCGGAAGAGGUGGUAUUUCAUCUCAUCGACAUAUUCUGCCUGUUUGGGGCUCCAAACAUCUUGCAGAGCGACAACGGACGCGAGUUUCGCAACAAAGUAAUAAAGCAGUGCACAGCCAUGUGGCCAUCGCUCCAGCUUGUUCGUGGACGACCUCGCCAUUCGCAGUCCCAGGGAUCUGUCGAAAGGGCGAAUCGGCUGGUUCAGGAAAAGCUUCGGUGCUGGCUUGCCGAUAACCCGGAAAGUAAUUGGCCCGAGGGACUACGCUUUGUUCAGUGGAUGAUAAACACGCAGAAGAACGACGGGAUUGGAACUGCUCCCUACAAAGCGAUGUUCGGUGUUGAGCCCCACAUGGGCCUGAGGGACACGCAGCUCAGAGGAGCGCCCGCCAGACUGUUGAGGACUGAGCAGGAGCUGGCGGAUAUGCUGGGACUGGUGGCUGAUGGAAGUCGCCAGACGGCCACAGAUGCAGGACUGGACAGUCAAUCGGGCAGCAGCAGCAGCAGCGACUGGCAGCCGGCUGGCCGCGCCCAUGCAGGGAGGAGAAGGAGCGGUCGUGCUGUAGUAUGCAGCAGCAGCAGCAGCAGCAGCAGCAGCGACGAGGAGCCAGCUAGCUGCACUCCAGGGAGGAGCGGUCCCACAGUGGCGGUAGCCGGCAGCAGCAGCAGCGACGAGGAGCCAGCUAGCUGCACUCCAGGGAGGAGCGGUCCCACAGUGGCGGUAGCCGGCAGCAGCAGCAGCGACGAGGAGCCAGCUAGCUGCACUCCAGGGAGGAGCGGUCCCACAGUGGCGGUAGCCGGCAGCAGCAGCAGCGACGAGGAGCCAGCUAGCUGCACUCCAGGGAGGAGCGGUCCCACAGUGGCGGUAGCCGGCAGCAGCAGCAGCGACGAGGAGCCAGCUAGCUGCACUCCAGGGAGGAGCGGUCCCACAGUGGCGGUAGCCGGCAGCAGCAGCAGCGACGAGGAGCCAGCUAGCUGCACUCCAGGGAGGAGCGGUCCCACAGUGGCGGUAGCCGGCAGCAGCAGCAGCGACGAGGAGCCAGCUAGCUGCACUCCAGGGAGGAGCGGUCCCACAGUGGCGGUAGCCGGCAGCAGCAGCAGCGACGAGGAGCCAGCUAGCUGCACUCCAGGGAGGAGCGGUCCCACAGUGGCGGUAGCCGGCAGCAGCAGCAGCGACGAGGAGCCAGCUAGCUGCACUCCAGGGAGGAGCGGUCCCACAGUGGCGGUAGCCGGCAGCAACAAGGGCAUGCAGCAGUCACCGGUAGCUGCACAGCCUGUUAAGCGAACACUAAGAAGCAGGCGCUGCACUCACUGUUAUGGGCCGGCACCUGCAUCUGACGGCUUUUGCGAUCUGUGUUCUCGUGCUAAGAGGGCACUUGAAGAGCGGGAGAUCGCCUCGGCAUCUCAGAAAAAACAGGCGAAUCUCAUGCUGGCUCGGACGAGGAAGGCGAAGAAGAUUCUAUCUGUGGGUCAAAAUGUACGCAUUGGCAUUCCCGACGUGGACAGGGCGAGGACGCAACAGAAAAAUGUUAUCGGAGUGAUAUUGGAGUGUGUCGGCGAGUCACAGUAUAUAAUUGGCACGACGAAGGGGAAGCUGUCCGGCGUCUACGGCCCAGAAGCAGUACAACCGUGUGCCGGGCACUUCAUCUCCUCCUCCGACGUCCCCGACAUCUCGAUCACACUUAGAGAAUGUGCUCGCCUGGUCUCAGGGGGGAAGGGUCAGGGGAUGUUUUCCUGCAAGUGCAGGAGGGGUGUAUGUAAAGGCCGAUGCAAGUGCAUCAAGGCGGGCGUUACUUGUAUCAGUCGCUGCCAUAAAGGCGCUCACUGCAAUAAUAAAUAGUAAGAAAGUCA